AGAUAGUUGUUACCCUGAAGCUUGCCGUUUAGAAACAUUCGUGGUCCAAAAUCGCAACCUCACGAAUCGCAUCACAUUCAAGCCCUCAACUCCCUGAAAUCCCAGUUACAGAAACGAUGGCGGAAGCAGCGCCAAGUCUCUCCUUCCCGAUUGAUCCCCAAGAAUUUGACAGCGACGAGCGCAUCUCGUUCUCCAAGCUAGACAACAAGUUCAUCGCAGUCCAGGACGAUGGGACCGAAUUCGAGUUUGACGCGCAACUGAAGCGCUGGAUCCCUACCUUAGACGAAGAGCUGGUCGCGCAACAGCAAUCAGCUUAUGGAGUAGACGCGACGACAGAAGACUCCAAUAUCGGGCACCCUAGGAAGAAGCGCAAGACCAACGGCGAUCAACCCCACGCCCGGCCGCACAAGAAGCACAAGAACCCGCCGCAACCGCGGCAGAACACAGCCGUCUACGUUACGGGCCUGCCGCUCGACGUGACAGUGGAUGAGGUGCACGAUGCGUUUUCGCGCAAGUGCGGUGUCAUUGCCGAGGAGAUCGACAGUGGGCGGCCGCGCAUCAAGCUGUACACCGAUGACAAUGGGCAGUUCAAGGGCGACGCACUAGUGGUGUUCUUCAAGCCGCAGAGUGUCGAUAUGGCCAUUAUGCUGCUGGACGAUACAGAUUUCCGGUAUUCGGCCUCGGGGCUGGCGAGCGGGAGGAUGAGGGUGCAGGCUGCAGAUUCAAGUUACAAGAAGACGCACUAUGAGAAGGAGGGUGAAGGUGAGGCUGGUGGUGCAGCUGGUGGGGAUGGCAAUGUGGCUACUGCGGAUAUUCAUAACCCAAUUACGGGUGCGGGAAAGCCGAAGGACAAGACGCGCGAGCAGGACAAGAAAAAGAUUAUCAAGCGGACACAGAAGCUGGACGCCAAGCUGGCGGAUUGGGAUGAUGACGACCCGUAUGGCGGACAGCUGGAGACAGCCGCGCGGCGGGACAAGAUGGUCAUACUGCGACACAUGUUUACGCUCAAGGAGCUCGAGGAGGAUCCGGCGGCACUGCUGGAGAUCAAGGAGGAUAUCCGAGAGGAGUGCGAGACGAUAGGACCCGUCACCAACGUGGUGCUGUAUGAUCUCGAGGAGGACGGCGUGGUGAGCGUCAAGUUCAAGACGCCUGAUGAUGCGGAGAAGUGUGUGGAAAAGAUGGAUGGGCGGGCGUUUGAUGGACGGAUUGUACGGGCUACCGUUGCGAAUGGGCGGGAGCGGUACAAGAAGUCGGGGAAGAAGCAGGAUGAAGAUCUUGCUGCUGAAGAGGAGGCCGAGGGGUGAACCUCUAUUUUGUGAUAUUGACUGGCGCCACCGCCUUGCAGACCACUAUUGCCCGAGGGUUCAUCUUCAGUAAAAUGCAUGAGUACACCCUCAUACUCUAGAGCAUUUUCAGAUCCCCGAGCCCAGCUUCAAGGCUGCACUCGGACGGGGACAAAGGGAUGGUGAGGGAAAGAGAGAAAUGCUUGUACUACCACGUAUAAACUAGGUAUGAUUUGCAUCAGCUGGCUUCCGACCAGUACGAGGAGCACCGAAUGAGAGCACGAAAGCUUCUGCUGGAUACCAUAACGAUUCACUUGCACUGAGAUGCAAGUGAAGUGGGAUCCCGCCGGCAGGCUUUACAAAUGAAGCACAUGGCCAAGGACAAAUUACAGGAUG